UUUUAAAUAAGGCGAGGCAGGCGCUUAAACAGCAUAGCUGGUUGACAAGCUACGUUAUAGGCUACUUGUGAAUUAGAACACGCAACAUAAAUAAUUUUGUUUGAUCAGAAACAUUGUAUACAUAAUUCUAUACAUAAAUAGCAUUAUGCGAUUAGUACUGGCUUACAUAUUCGAUAUGUUAUAGUCACGGUCUCAUUCAAAGUCAACUACAGGCCAUGGGAACCUUCGAGGAAGAUCAGAAUAUGGAAAUCAUCGAGGAGGAUAUGCGUUGGUUUUACGAGGCUGAAGGCGGAGAGUGGCAUAUGUUUGGUGUAAACCCAACUGAUCAAUGUCCUUUGACCAAUUGGUUAAUUGAAGUAGAGUACCACAUUAAUCCGAAUGGAUGUAUGGACUACCGCAUAGCCGAUUGUAUUUACCGAUUGGAUUUCUCAGUAAUGAAACAGAUCAACUUAUCAACUGGAGUGCAGCGACCAAUUAGGCGUCGCUGUUCUACUAUUGGCCACAGGUCUACUGAUGGUAAACCUAUACCUACUCCUUCCCUUUGGGAAACAGACCUCCCAUGCCAGAUAAUCUCACUUGACAGUGGUACCCAAGAAUGUCAAGGUGUAGUGAAGAUGUUUGCAAAGACAAUUCCAGACGCUUCCAUCAGGUCAAUAAGGAGAAUACAGAACAUCCCUCUGUGGGAGUCCUUUUGCCGGAAGAAAGCAGAGCUGACACAGAUCAAAAAGAUGCCUAUGGAAGAGAGAUGGUUGUUCCAUGGUACGCCCCACAGAAACAUUCAGGCCAUAUGUACUUCUAAUUUUGACUUGAAGUUUGCGGGAAGCAACGGUUCUGUCUAUGGAAAAGGGAUUUAUUUUGCAAGAAAUGCAAGCUACGCGCUGAAAUUCUGUGGUGGCCAAGGGAAAUGUAAUGGCAUAACACCAUCAAAGACCAUCAUCCUGGCUCGGGUCCUGGUAGGAGAGUUUACACUGGGUGAUCGAAACCUGGGUGAAGCCCCUUCCAAAGAUCGGACCAACACAAGCUUCUAUGACAGCUGUGUAGAUAGAUUCAGUAACCCUAACAUUUUUGUGGUCUUCGACAGAAACCAGGUAUACCCCGAGUAUUUGAUUGAUUUUGAUUUACUUUAGCAUGGCCAUUUUAGCAUUACUUAUUAAAGUUACAGUCCCCUCCAAAAGUAUUGGAACAGCAAGGUCAAUUCCUUGCUAUACACUAAAGACAAUUGAAUUUGAGGUUAAAAUAUGGACAUGAGAUGGCAGAUCCGGAUUUCAUCUUUUAUUUCCUGGUAUUUUUUAUCUAGAUUUGUUAAACAACUUCGAACAUAUCACCUUUUGUAUCACCCAAUACUUAAGUGAGCAAAAGUAUUGGAACAUGUGACUGAGAGGUGUUUCUUGUGUCCUGUUAGAUUAAUUGCUUAAACAAUAAACAGUUCUGAUUUUAGCCUUGGGUUUUGCCUGUGAAGACUGCAUUUAGAUAAACCAACAUGAGCUGUCUUUGGGGAAAAAGCAAGGCAAUUCUAAGCUUAAAAAAGAAGGGAAAAUGUUCAGAGCCAUUGCACAAGCAUUGGGGAUAGCUUUUACAACAACUUGGAAACUGCUGGCAUACUGAGCAUACUGAGCAACAGACAGGUCAACCAAGGAAAACAACAGCAGUUGAUGACAGAAACCGUUGUGAGAGCUGUGAAGAAAACCCCCCAAAAAUCAGUCAGUGACAUCACAAACAAUCUCCACAGGGCAGGGGGGAAGGUAUCUCAAUUUACUGUUAUACCACAAGAUGCAAAGCACUCAUCAGUGGUAAGAAUCACAAUUUGCAAAGAAGUGCAGAGAUAAGCCACAGAAGAUUUUAUGGACUGAUAAGACCAAGGUUAACCUCUAUCAAAGUGAUGGAAAGGCCAAAGUGUGGUGAAAGAAGGGAUCAACUCAUGAUCCCAAACAUAGAACCCAAAACAUAGAAACUCAUCUGCGAAGCACGGUGGAGGAAGUGUCAUUGCCUGGGCUUACAUGGCUGCUUCUGGAGUGGGCUCACUAAUCAUUAUUGAUAAUGUAACUCAUGAUGGUAGCAGCAGGAUGAAUU